CUCAUAUGGGUGGACUUGAAAAUCAGCUUUUUCAAUUAAAGUUCACUUCGAAACAAUUACAAAAACAAAGUAAAAAAUGUCAAAAGGAUGAAACUCUUGAAAAAACAAAACUGAAAAAGGCGUUGCAAGAUGGUCAUCCAGAAGCUGCUCGUAUCUAUGCUGAAAACUGUAUUCGGAAAAAAAAUGAAGCGUUAUCACUCUUACGACUCUCAUCUCGAGUGGACGGUGUUGCUUCUAAGGUUCAAACCGCUAUUACCAUGAAAUCUGUUUCUUCUUCCAUGGCAAAUGUAGUCAAAAGUAUGGAAAAGUCAAUGGGAAAUAUGGACCUGGAAAAGAUGGCUAUUGUAUUGGAUAAGUUUGAAAAUCAAGUAGAAACAUUGGAGACACAAGAACGGAUGACAGAAGCAAGUAUGCCUAUGGAAUCUCAAGUCGAUCAGCUUAUGGAGCAAAUGAUGGAAUCCGACACUUUGGAUUUACAUGCACAAUUGGAUCAACUUCAAGUCCUUACUUCCAACAUCUAUACCAAUACCACGACAACCAAAAAGGACUCAAGUGAUGAUAUGUUGGAAAAGCGUUUACAAGCUCUUCGUAGUUAGAUAAAUAGAUAAAUAAUAAAAAGUCUUUUUUUUUUUGUCACCAA